AUGAGUACCUGGUCUCUCUGUGCCUGUGGGAGUCUGGAGCAAAAAUGGCCACAGCUAGAUCCAUGGACGAGACCUGCACAGUUUGGCAACAUGGUCCGGGAGGCAGCCACACUCGGGGACUUUAUCAAGAGACCUCUGUCAGUCAGGCAAGGGGCUUAUGGAAGUCCAACCAGGCAAAAGGAGAGCUUCCUCUCCUCUACUUCCCAUAAUGUCUCCCCUAGAAUUGGACUGGGGGGAGCCAGAAUGCACUGUGAUGUGUGCACAGUUGCCUACAUGGUCAGAAAGCUGGGGAUGAAGCCUGGGUCCUUGGUUCUUUCCCUGGUGCUACAAGAAACUGAUGUGCUUCCCUCCCCCUCUGUUCUGAAUCAGCCCACCACCUCCUCUCCAGGACCACCACCCUCAGACUGGCGACAGAGUAGGAUGCAGUCUCGGUACUGCCCCCAUUCCCUGUCAUCACCCCAAACAAUUCCAUCACUUUUUCCAGUCUGUGGGCACUUUUGUUAUGCCUAUAGCAAUACAAACAGCAUAGAACAAAUAACUAGUGAGGAAAAGUGA